GAAACGAACGAUUGCAACAACAUGAUCUCUUUUUCUCUCUCUUGGGUAAAUAAUGCAGAAGAAGACAAAAGAGUGGCACAGGGGUCGGAGUUGGAGUUGGAGUCGGUGAUGUAUUCUGCAGACCUCGGCCUUGUUGUCCCCUGUUUUACCUCGUCUGCAUCGAGAUUGACAGACCCAAGUCAGCCCCUCCCUCUCUCUCCUCCCCCCAAUAAAAACACACUCGCUUCGACAGCAAUUAGCUCCUCUCAGAGUUCUGGUUCCUUCCGGGUACUCUCCCUCUCCCUCUCCCUCUCCCUCUUCCUUUGCAUUCACCCAUUGCUUAUGUUCUUGAGUUCAUCUUCCAUCUCUGCUGCUAGUUCCUUCUGUCUCUCUGUGUAUGUCACCGCCCCAAUUCACUGAAGCGCAUGGAGGUGCAGCUUCCGCGAAUAUUCUGUUUGGUUGACUGAGUUGACCACUUUCGAACAGAGUGCCAAAAAAAAAAAAGCUGAGGGGCUUUUGAAGAUGUUGGACAGGAUGGAGAGUAUGAAUUUUGACGUUGUUAUAGAUGAAUUCGAGGCUAUGACUACAGACGCCAAAAGGGUUCAAGAAGAGACCUUGAAGAAGAUCUUGGAAGAGAAUGCUGAGGCGGAGUACUUGCAGAAUUUGGGGCUUAAGGGAAAAACUGAUCUCGAGAGCUUCAAGACUCAUGUUCCUCUGGUUACUCACAAGGAAUUGGAGCCUUACAUACAGAGGAUUGCAGACGGUGAUUCGUCCCCAAUCCUCACCGGAAAACCCAUAACCACGAUAUCAUUAAGUUCUGGUACCACUCAGGGAAGGCCGAAAUAUGUACCCUUCAAUGAUGAGCUUGUAGAGUCAACUAUGCAAAUAUACAGAACCUCUUUUGCCUUUCGAAACAGAGAGUACCGUAUUGGGAGCGGAAAGGCUUUGCAGUUCAUUUAUAGCAGCAGGCAGUUUAAAACCAAAGGCGGCCUGGCGGCUGGUACUGCCACAACUAAUGUCUUUCGAAGUGCACAGUUUAAAAGUACUAUGAGGGCAAUGCAGUCUCUUUGUUGCAGUCCAGAUGAGGUGAUUUUCGGUCCCGAUUUCCACCAAUCCUUAUAUUGCCAUCUCUUGUGUGGGCUUAUCUCCUGCAACGAAGUCCAGUUCGUGUCCUCCACAUUUGCUCAUAGCAUCGUCCAUGCAUUUCGAACCUUCGAAUCAGUUUGGCAGGAACUGUGUAGUGAUAUAAGGCAUGGGGAUCUAAAUAGUCAAGUUACUGUCCCAUCGAUCCGAGCAGCUAUGUCAAAAUUGCUUAAGCCAGACCCUGAGUUGGCUGCUCUCAUAUACAGUAAAUGCUCCAGGUUGGAUAAUUGGUAUGGAGUAAUUCGAGAGCUUUUUCCAAAUGCCAAGUACAUUUAUGGGAUCAUGACUGGGUCAAUGGAGCCGUAUGUAAAGAAACUGAGGCACUACGCUGGGGAUCUGCCUUUGUUAAGUGCAGAUUAUGGAUCUUCUGAAGGAUGGAUUGGAGCUAACGUAAAUCCUAAGUUGCCCCCGGAGUUGGCCUCUUUUGCCGUUCUUCCAAACAUUGGCUACUUUGAAUUUAUCCCUCUCAGGGAGAUGACUGAGAUCUCAAGGCAAGACAAAGAAUCAUCGACUUUGCUAUGUGUUGAUCCAAAGCCAGUGGGUCUGACUGAAGUCAAGGCUGGUGAGGAGUAUGAGAUUAUUGUCACCAAUUUUGCAGGGCUGUAUCGAUACAGGCUAGGAGACGUGGUGAAGGUCAUAGGAUUUCACAACUCCACCCCUGAACUCCAAUUUAUCUGCCGAAGAAAUCUCUUGCUUACCGUCAACAUUGACAAGAACACCGAGAAAGACUUGCAGUUAGCUGUCGAAGCAGCAGCCAAGUUGCUGGUAAAAGAAACUCUCGAAGUCGUAGAUUUCACCAGCCACGUGGAUUUCUCCACGGACCCAGGUCAUUACGUGAUAUUCUGGGAGAUGAAUGGUCAAGCCAGCGAGGAGAUCUUGAGAGAAUGCUGCAACUGUUUGGACCGCUCGUUCAUCGAUGCAGGGUACGUUGGCGCGCGCAAGGUGGGCGCGAUAGGGGCCCUCGAACUCCGAGUUGUCCGGAGAGGUACUUUCCAGAAGAUCCUGGACUACUACUUAGGAUUAGGAGCCGCCGUUAGCCAAUUCAAAACCCCGAGGUGUAUAGGGCCUAACAACAGCAUGGUCUUGCAGAUAUUGUGUGGCGAAGUCGCUAACAGUUACUUCAGUACGGCUUUCUGAUUGGGAAUGAUUGAUAUUCAGGCUGUUUAAAGUUUGUGGUUUCAACUGUUUCUUAGGUAGAGAGAUAUUCGGCUCAUGAUGCAGAAAACAUAGUUUGCUU